CAACUUCGGUACUCCACUUCUAGCUUUCUUGGUCUUUGUGUAUCGAAUCUUGCCAUGACAUUUCGACACUCUCCUCUCCGAAACGAACCAGACUCUCUUCAUGACAAAGUGCCCUUGUUAAAUAAGAACCUUAACGUAGUCUAAAUUUAGAGAAUUCUUAGCCGAACGCAACCUAUAAAUGUGCUUAGAGAAUUUUUGGAAACAUUUAUUUGUGAUGCACCUUGCAAGAAACGCACAACUUUUCUCUGGGGGAUUUUUCUACAAGCAUUUUGACAGUUAGGACAUUUUUCGUAAUGGACCUUCGCCAGGACAAUGAGGCCUCCAAGGAUCCUGCGGUGGAAAAAGCAGUCCUGUCCUUCGACGAGGACGACUUCGAAGGUCAUCGAGCGCACAGCGUUUUCGUGGGAGUUCAUGUUCCCGCCGAAAGGAAACACUCGCACAGGAGACAUAGACAUCAUCGCAGAAGCUCCUUUUCUGGGCCGACUUCACAGGACAAUAGACCCAGUACCCCUCCCUCCCAGCGCGUCCAGUUCAUCCUCGGCGAAGACGUCGACGAUGAGAAACACGAAUCCCACCCACUUUUCUCCGAGAUGGAGGAGCUCGUCACCGAGGGCGGCGACAUGGAAUGGAAAGAAACCGCCCGCUGGAUCAAGUUCGAGGAGAACGUGGAAGAAGGGGGUAACCGCUGGUCCAAGCCCCACGUGGCCACCCUAUCGCUGCACUCGCUCUUCGAAUUGCGCAGCCUCAUCCUCAACGGCACCGUCCUUCUCGACCUGGAAGCCUCCUCCAUGGAGCAGAUCGCCGACCUGGUGCUCGACAACAUGAUCAACAGCGGCGCGCUGGCCUACGACAAGCGCGACAAGGUGAAGGAGGCGCUGCUGAAGCGCCACCGCCACCAGCACCAGCGCAAGGACCACGUGCUGCCGCUGAUCCGGUCGUUCGCGGAGAUGAGGAACCACUCCACGUCGAAAACCGAAUAUACGACACACGUUCAGGGCUUCACAACGUGGUUUACCUUGCAUCAUCCUGCCAAAGUUGAAGAGCACACGUUCAGCGAACACACAAGUAGCGAAAGGUUUCUGACAGUACCCGGACAUGGCCCCGACAAAACCCGAAUGCGCAAAAGCGCCAGCAACAUGUCCAUGAACCGCAACUACAGCACCAGCGACUUGGGCUCGAUGAACGGGGACAUCCCCCAGCACAACCUGCACUUCAUGCGCAAGAUCCCUCCAGGAGCCGAAGCCAGCAACAUCCUCGUCGGCGAAGUCGACUUCAUCGACAAAACCAUCUCCGUGUUCGUGCGCCUCAACUCGGCCACGAACCUCGGCGACCUCACCGAAGUCCCGGUGCCCACCAGGUUCCUCUUCGUGCUGCUGGCGCCGCUGUCGGCGUCCACGGGGUACCACGAAAUCGGCCGCGCCAUGGCGACGCUGAUGUCGGACGAGAUCUUCCACGAAGUGGCGUACAGAGCUCGCAACACCAGUCACCUCCUUGCCGGGAUUGACGAGUUCCUGGACGCCGUCACCGUGCUGCCCCCAGGGGAGUGGGACCCGGCUAUCCGCAUCGAGCCGCCAGCGGCGAUUCCGUCGCAGGACGUGCGGAAGCGGCCCCCGGAGAAGCAGCACGAAGAGCCUGACGAGGAGGAGGAGGAGCAGAGGGCGCGGGAGGAGUCGGGUUUGGCCAGAAGCGGCGUGCUUUUCGGGGGGCUAGUUAACGACAUUAAGCGAAAAAUCCCGUUCUAUUGGUCGGAUUUCAAGGAUGCUUUGGCCACCCAGUGCAUUGCCUCCUGGAUCUUCUUAUAUUUCGCGUGCCUGUCCCCUAUUAUCACGUUUGGUGGUUUGCUGGCGCAGGCUACGGGUGGCAAUAUGGCCGCCAUGGAGUCGCUAGUGUCGGGUUUUGUGUGCGGUAUGGGUUAUGGGUUCUUCUCGGGGCAACCAUUGACCAUUUUGGGGUCCACGGGACCGGUGCUAGUCUUCGAGACCAUAGUGUAUGACUUUUGUAUGAAUAUCGGUUGGGACUACUUAGCCUUCCGGUUCUGGAUAGGGACUUGGAUCGCGGUGAUUUUAGUGAUUCUAGUGGCCAUCGACGCCAGCGCCCUCGUUUGUUAUAUCACUAGGUUUACCGAAGAGAAUUUCGCUACCCUUAUAGCUUUCAUAUUUAUUUACAAGGCUGUAGAAAAUGUUGCCCUUAUUGGUAAGCAUUUCCGCGUGAAUGGCUCCGGUAGCAGGGUACUGGACUACAACUGUUCGUGCACAGCCAAUCACAGUUUAGUAAUUAGGAACGAAGUGGCGGGAGAGUGGAAUCUAGCCAAUAGGAACGCGUGUGAGAUUCUGAACGGAACUUUAGAGGGAACCGGCUGUGACACCCCAAUGUACGUCCCUGACGUAUUCCUCAUGUCAAUUCUACUAUUCCUGGGGACGUUCCUCCUGUCCAUUCAGCUGAAAGACUUCAAGAACGCGCUAUUUUUCCCAUCAAAGGUCCGUCAAUUCAUCAGCGACUUCGCCGUCAUUAUCGCGAUCUUCUCCAUGAGCUUGUUGGACUUCAAGGUUGGCAUCCCCACCCCCAAGCUCGAGGUACCACACGACUUCAAACCCACCCUACCCACCCGCGGCUGGGUCAUCCCUCCCUUCAACGGCAACCCCAUCUACUCAGUCUUCGUGGCUUUACCGCCGGCUCUUCUGGGCACAAUUCUCAUCUUCAUGGACCAACAAAUCACCAGUGUCAUAGUCAACAGGAAAGAACACAAACUGAAGAAAAAGUGCGGCUACCAUUUAGACCUGUUCGUGCUGUCCAUUUUGAUCCAGGUCUGCUCCAUCAUGGGUUUGCCGUGGUUCGUGGCAGCCACGGUUCUUUCCAUCAACCACGUCAACUCCCUGAAGCUGGAGAGCGAGUGUUCGGCUCCUGGGGAGAAGCCACAGUUUCUGGGUGUGAGGGAGCAAAGGAUGACCCACAUUAUGAUUUUCUUGACCAUUGGGCUGUCAGUGUUUUUGACGCCAAUAUUAGGGCACAUACCCAUGCCGGUACUGUUCGGGGUGUUCCUGUACAUGGGAAUCGCGUCGCUGAAGGGAUUGCAGUUCUUCGACAGGAUUUUGAUCAUCUUCAUGCCGAAUAAGUACCAGCCGGACUACAUGUUCUUGAGACAGGUACCCAUCAAGCGCGUCCACCUCUUCACCAUCAUCCAGCUCGCUUGUCUGGCGUGUCUCUGGACCAUCAAGUCCUUCAGCACCACUUCGAUCCUCUUCCCGCUGAUGCUGGUGGUGAUGAUCGGGAUCAGGAAGGCCCUGGACCUCAUCUUCACGCGCCGCGAGCUGAAGAUCUUAGACGAUAUUAUGCCGGAAAUGACAAAGCGCAACCAGAUGCUAAAAGAUGACGAGAACGAUUCUGAAAAAGGUCAGCUCGAAAUUGAAGCCGCUGGUAAUCUGAAAAUCCCUCUGGCGAAUGGAAACGUCAUGAACAUACCGCUUUCGGCCAUUAAUAUCUCGGAAGAAGUCAACAAAACUGGCAUUUGGAAACAAGUCAAUAAGAAUAAUUCCAGGCAGACGGAGAAGGACAAGAAGAAAAGCCCGAUUGGAUCCUGCCGGUUCAAGAAGAAGAAACAGAACAAACGCGAAGAAAAACGCGAGGAUAAAGUAAAACUCGAGAAGCGCCUCUCCACCAUGACCGAAGAAGAAGAAGACGACGGCAUAACCAUUAAGACUAACCUAUUACAGUGCGAGCAGGUUAAAGAUGUGCCUAGGAAAGAGAGGAGGAAGAGCAGGCAGGACGACGAAACGCACGUGUGAAGCAAUAACGCGGUUUGUCGAUUCUGAGUGAAAUUGUAGUUUUCGGUUUGAUUUUUCGUUCGUGAGGAAGUUAAUGUUGCCAAAUUCUACUUACUUAUAUUUGUGUAUUUUAAGUUCUGUUUGCAAAUGAAAUGUUUUGGACACAAAAUUUCAAUCACAAGUGGAUGUACAUUAUUAAUAAAU